AUGCCUCCUCGAAUACAACCUCAUCGUCUUUCCACCCCCUCAUCAUGCCAAUGCUUCCGGACCAGACCGCAAGGUCUACUGGAGGCGGCGGCGCCCCUUGCACAACAGACUCGACAAUUCCACAGACGCGACCCGCAAAUACAAAAGCGCCUUCGACGUAACAUGUGGGAAUGGCUCAACGGGCCAGGAAAAGUGUUCAAAGAGCCCAUGAAGGGCAGUACCAAUUACCUCAGCGCAUACGACCGUCAAGGAAAUCUCAUCCGCGGCAGACCGCAGCGCGAUGGAAGCCGGUCCGAGCAAGAGUCCCCACCAGAAGCUACAUCAGUAGCUGAUGAGUCUGCAAUUGUGCAGGAGGAGAUUGAUCGUGGAGUCAGCGAGGCGGAUCGCGAGAGCAAUGCCGCAAAGCGUGAGGCAGCACGUCUGCGCAGGAGCGAGUAUGAUGCUCGAGGUGGCCUGCCAAAGGAGCGUCCGAGUGAUAUGCGACCCUACCCUCUCAACCAGGACUUCCGGUCCGAAAGCGUUUUGAGUGAAGAUCUGCGGGAAGAGCUUCAUCGUCAGGUUGUUGAGCGAGGCGUGGACAUCUCAACUGUCAGUGCCGCGUUUGGCGUCGACACCAGACGUGUAGCCGCUGUGGUCCGUCUGAAGACAGUGGAGAAGCAGUGGGUUGAACAGGGCAAGCCACUGGCCAAACCGUACCAAGAGGCUGUGCUGGCUAUGCUGCCACAGACGCCGUUUACACCAAACGAUCCAAACAACAAGAUCCAUCCGCAUGAAAGUGUCAAUGAUCUACCCGUCCAUCCCAGGACACGUCAGCAACUCUUCUACCCCACCUCGGAGUCUCGACAAUUCACCCGUGAAGACGCCGCGAAGGCUUUCCACCCGGAUCUUCUCCCUGCUGACAAGCGUAUCCCUCACCCGGAGCUGAUUACGUUGGAGAAGGAGCACUUGGCUGGCAUUCCCCGUGAGGAGCGAUUUGCAAACCAGCAAGCUCGCGAUCUGCAGGCGAAGCAGGCCGCGGUUGAAGCCGCGGAACGGCAGCGCAAGUGGGAGGAGCGCACACUGCGAGUCAUUCCUACACGGAGAUGGGACUUUAAGUUCCAAGACAUCAGUGCUGAGAAGACGGGCAAGACUGGACGGUCGAGAAGUGCGGUCGGUAUCAGGUACGGAAUGCCGCACAAUGACCGGCAGAGUGGGCGAGUCAAGAUUCCCACCAGUGUGGAGUAG